AUGAUGAAAUUUAACGUGUGUCGCGUGUGCGGUGUUUGAUCAACAAGAUUCUGCAUCACGUUUAGAUUUUUCUUAGUUCUUAAUUUAAAUUUGAAUCGAAAUUUUGAAAAACUGUACAAUUUUCUUAUCAAAAAUAGUGUCUCAUUAUCAGGAAUACCAGAUUAUUUACCAUGUUUCGACACCCAGUAAUUACCAGAAAAUCUUGGCUAAAAAGCCUGGGUUUAAUGAACAAAACUAAAUUUCAUGCCGUCACAUCGUUGAGUUUACAUACUUUAAACAAAGAUGCUUCAGUGGCUAGCAAUGCUGCUACUCAGUACAAAGAAGGACAAGUCAUUGAAGGAUUUAUCAUUGAUGAAAUUACACCUGUCAAGGAGAUGUUUCUCACUGCUGUCAAACUCACUCAUUUGAAUACUGGAGCUCAGUACCUUCACCUGGAUCGUGAUGAUAGCAACAACGUGUUUUCAAUUAACUUUCGAACAACUCCAAAAGAUUCUACAGGAUUACCUCAUAUAUUGGAACAUUUAAGUUUAUGUGGUAGUGAAACAUAUCCUUGCAAAGAACCUUUCUUUAAAAUGCUUCGCAGAUCUCUAGCCACCUUUAUGAAUGCUAUGACAGCACCCGAUUAUACUAUGUAUCCAUUUUCUACACAAAAUUUUCAAGAUUAUCAAAAUUUACAAUCAGUGUAUAUGGACAGUGUUUUCAAGCCUAAGUUACGUGAAUUAGAUUUUGCUCAAGAAGGCUGGAGGUUAGAACAUACAGAUCCAAAUGACAAAAAUUCGCCCAUAAUAUUCAAAGGUGUUGUAUUCAAUGAAAUGAAAGGAGUUUUUAAUAGCAACCAGAAUAUUUUUGCAACUCAGUUAUUGAAUUCUAUUCUUCCUAGCCAUACCUAUGGUGUAAUAUCAGGUGGAGAUCCUGCUGAAAUUCCUUUGCUUAAACAUCAAGACUUAGUAGACUUUCAUUCUACUCAUUACCAUCCUUCAAAUUCAAGAUUUUUCUCUUAUGGUAACUUUCCUUUAAAAGAUCACUUGAAGUUUGUUAAUAAUAAAUAUUUGGCAUCAUACGAUAAAAAAGAUACUUCAGAAACAAUAGUACCAUCAGAAAAACGGUGGGAUGCCCCAAGGAGAAAACAUAUUGAAUGUAGGCCUGAUCCUUUAAUCGCAGAUUCUUCUAGGCAAAAUUCAAUCGCCAUUGCUAGCCUUUGUAAUGAAAUUAAUGAUAUUCAAGAAUGUUUCAAUAUUUAUAUUCUAUCUCAAUUAUUAUUGGAUGGUCCAAACUCUGCUUUCUACAAAAGUUUAGUGGAUACUAACAUUGGUACAGGUUUUGGCCCUAUGACUGGGUAUGAAUCUCAGUGCAAAGAUACAAUAUUUAUUGUAAGUUUACAAGGUGUUCAAGAAAAAGAUUUUAAAACUGUUGAAGAAAUCUAUAAUAAAACUGUAGAAAAAGUUAUAGAAGAGGGAUUUAGCAAAGAUCACAUUGAAACAAUUCUUCACGGUAUUGAACUUCACAUGAAGCAUCAAUCAUCUAAUUUUGGUCUUAAUUUACUUUUCAAUGUAUCUCCUUUAUGGAAUCACGAUGGUGACAUCAUUGACUCAUUAAAAGUAAAUGAAGCUAUAAAAACUUUCAGGGAAACUAUUGAAAAAGAUCCUAAAUAUUUAGUAUCAUUAGUUGAAAAAUAUUUAUUAAAAAAUAACCACAAGCUUGUUUUGACUAUGUCACCGAAUCCAGAAUACGAAACUAGAGUUGCUGAAGCUGAAAAAAAAUUAUUGGAAUCAAAACUUCAAAGUUUAACUCCUCGGCAAAAAGAUGAAGUUUAUACCAAGGGUCAAUUAUUAUUGAAAGAGCAGGAAAAAGUUGAGGACGAUGGCAGUUUACCAAGUCUAUCAAUUAAAGAUCUAAAAAAAGAUGUUGAUAGAUACAAUUUAAUUGAUGUGGAACUAUCUGAAGUACCUGUGCAAUUGGCUGUACAACCAACAAAUGGUGUAUGCUAUUAUCGUGGAAUAUUGAACACUCACAAUUUGUCAAAUGAAUUGAAGUCUUUAUUACCUAUUUUCAAUAAUGUAGUUGUUAGAAUGGGAACUAAAAAUCAUGAUUACAGAAGUUUGGAUAGACUCAUCAAUUUGAAAACUGGUGGUCUACAUUUUUCCAAUCAUGUUGUUGAAAAGAAAGAUGAUCUAAAUAAAUACGAACAAGGUAUAAUCAUUUCAUCCUACUGUUUGGAGCAAAAUUCAAAUGAAAUGUGGAAACUGUGGGAAGAGUUAUUCAACAGAGUCGAAUUAACAGAUCUUCCAAGAUUCGAAACCUUAGUCAAAAUGAUUGCAGCUGAUUUGACCAAUGGAAUAACUCAAUCUGGUCAUUUGUACGCCAUGAGUUCAGCUGCUAGUUUAGUAUCGCCUGUAGCUAUGUUGAAAGAAAGUUUAUCUGGUCUAGAAUAUGUUAAUAGAAUGAAAUAUAUUGCUCAGAUGAAAGAUUUAUCUCCAGUUCUUAGUCAAAUUCAAGAAAUUGCUAGUCAAGUAUUACAAAAGUCUCAAUUGAGAUCAGCCAUUAAUUUAACCGAGGAAUCAAAAGAAAAUAUUCUGAAAGGAAUGGAACAGUUCUACAGUGCUUUGAAGGGUUCUCAAAUAAGUAAAGAACCUACCAUUACAUCGAAUGGUCCACUUAAUUCUAACAAUACAGCCAUUCAUCACGUUCUGCCUUGCUCUGUAAAUUAUGCAUCAAAAAUUGUACUGACCGUUCCAUACAGUCAUCCCGAACACGCACCACUGCGCGUACUUUCAAAAUUAAUUUCCUCGAUUUACCUGCACCCUGAAAUCAGAGAAAAGGGAGGCGCCUAUGGUGGAGGAGCAAAAUUGGCAGCUGAUGGAUGCUUCAUGUACUACUCGUACAGAGAUCCUAAUUCAACGCGAACAUUCGACAUUUUCGACGAAACCUACGACUUUCUGAUGAAAUACAAUAUCUCCGAUGCCGAGAUGGUCGAAGCCAAGCUCGGACUUUUCCAAGCGAUCGAUGGGCCCGUGGCUCCGGGAUCUCGAGGAAUGACGAAAUUCACCCACGGAGUUAGCUACGACGAUAUUCAAAAGCACAGAGAGCUCAUAAAGUCCGUAACGAAGGAGCAGCUCAUGGAGGUAGCUGGAAAAUAUUUGAAAUCAGGCGCAAACGCUCAAGUUGGUCGAGCUUUAAUUGGACCGCAAAACUCAGAUUUGCUGACCAGACAGUCCGAGAAUUGGGUAGUUCACGAGCAAGACGAGCAAGAUCAAGCUCAAGCUAUUUAAAAAUUUAUAACGUUUUGUUAUUUAAUCGCAUUAAAUCACGUUGUUACUAGUUUUUCAAUUGUACAUAGACUGUUGUUUUAAUUUAAUAAAAAAAAAACAAAAAUUUGACAUAAUGUAAAGACAAA